AUGCGGCUGUUGUGGAGCGGGAAGCGUUUCUUCGAGGAGGAACACGCGGCACACGCUACAGCGGCGGUGCUGCGCGCGCUCACGCACUACGCAGCGGUCGGCUCCAACGCCGCUGUUGAAGUUUGCUUGCAAUUCAUUAUCGACCUCCUGAAUGGUAUCAGCUUUCAUGAGAGCGCGUCCCCGUUGUCCCACCAAAGCGCUUACAGCGUAGAACAGCUGCUGGCUUGUUUAAAAUCUCAAGUUCAGUACUUUAGUAAGAAUCCGAGCAGCAUUUUAUCCAGCGCUAAAGUGCUGCAAGCUUUAAUUUCAUACCAACCGUCAGAUUUGAUAAUAAGAGCAUGUACAGCAAAUGCGUUAGUACAGAUAUUAAAUCCGUGGCUAGAGAUGCUUAUAGGUGCAUUAAAGCACUCAGUGCUUGUAGAAGGGAAAGGUUUGUCAGGUACCCUGCUCAUUGUGACGUCACAAAUAGGAUUGGAUAUACUCAGGUUAAUAAAUCUCGUACAACAAAGUAAACAAAAAACUGGCUUCAUAGAAAGCAUAAUAGUCGAUGAACAAGAAGUUAAUAUUUUAAAAGAUACAGUUUCAUUGAUGAAAACUGGUGUACAAAGUACGAUUUACGAAUUGGCUGUGUUUAUUAAGGAAAAUGAAAUCCAAAUUACUACAGAGGAAUACAGCAUGUUCUUAAAAUUUUUACUCAACUUUCUUCAACACGACACAAACGCGGAACAGUUACCAGAAUUUUGUGAUAUGCUCUUUGCUAAAGAAUAUUUAAAAAUGCUGCCAGAAUUUCAAAUAAAAAGAAACGACUCUACAAUACGUAAACUAACUACUUUAGUAUUGGGUGAGAUGCUCAAAGCGUUGGCUGCAAAAUAUCUGUGUGUUAAAGAUAACGAAAACAAGAUAAUGUGUGCUAAGGACAUUCACCACGGUCUCGUGGAAUUGCAAUACGGGAUAGAAAAUCCUCAAAAUUUAGGAAAACAGCUGGAAAAAACUCGUCCAUACAGUUUAUUUGUUUAUAUCUACUUUUAUAGCCAAUCAUCUGACAAUCCCGAAGAAGCCACAGCUCGGUUACUGCCGCAUUUAGUAAAGCACGUGUUACAUCUACCCGCAACUAUAAAACCACCAUUUUACAUUAUUAAAGCACUUUGGCUGAUUUUCGCUAUGUCCUCAAUAUCAGAUGUUUCGUUGAAAUCUUUAGAAGAAAGAGUUUAUUUGGAAAAAGCGACUCAGCGUUUAAUUUCAUUGUUACAACCUGACCCUUCUAUAUUUUAUACUCACAAUCCUGCCAUAUUACUAUGGUCAUUCUCUUCUGCAAGAAUUCCUGACUACAUACGUAUUGAAGUUUUGUCCCAAUGGUUGAAAACAGAAGACUCUUUACCCGAGGACAUGAUUAAAGAGUUUGAAGUAUGGAAAUUAUUAUUAGAUAUACUUAUUAAAUGUAAAAAUGAAGAAAUCGUAUCAAAUUGUAUAGAAACAUUAAAUUUGUGCUUGGAUGGCGCUGAUGAGGAAUCAACGCAGGCAUUUUCUACUGUCAUUUGGUUCACACUACCUAAUGUCCUGUCUAGAUAUUUGAUAGACUAUAGCUGUGAAAUAGAAACAAACAUAUGUCAUUUAAUGGAUUUAGCAACAUCCUUAUAUCCUUCCGAAGUCGAUCAGAAUGUUUGCAUUAAAAUCGCGUCUCUAAUCACUGCGAUAUUUUCAAGACAAAACGUCGAAUAUACAAAAGAGAGAAUCGAAGUUAGAUAUCAUUAUGAAUACGUUUGUUUAAAAUUAAGCCUGAUUUUAUUGAGCGUGGCACAUAACCGUCAGGACAAUAGAGUUCUACUGACAUUCACAAAUCGUGAAGGAUUCCUCUCAGCUGUACUAUCCUCGUCUAACCAUUGCGAGGAUCGCGUGGCUUGCGUCGCUUUACAACUGCUCUCUUACGUAGUACAUUACUUCACUAAGAACAACUACCAGCCAAGAUACGUGCUACAAAUUCAAACCGAGCAAAUUAUAAAAUCUCUACGUAGAGACAGUGCUAAUGAAAGGUCCUCUUUGCUGUUAAAAUUUGUAUGUUCUAUGCUAAACUCUGUGAGUACACCGCUCGCCUUGUCCACUGAACUGAGCACUGCGCCCCCGGCCAACCAGCAAUGUAUCGCGUUACGAGCUCUCAUGUUUAGAAUACAACUUACCCUUUGCUGUAGAGAUUCCGACGACCAAAAAGCAGUUGGAUGGAAAUCUUUAGCGUCAAUUUUCAAACACGCAGUAAUUUACAAGGGAGAUGCAAAAUUAGUGACAGCUCUGACGUCACAGCCCUGGACACACACACUAAUAAGAUUCCAAUUAACACAAAAACUGACAGAUGAAUUUCUAUCAUUUGUAUCCGACUGGAUGAUACUUCUACAAAUAACAUUACAAAACUCUAUCGCCGGUAGAAAUUGUUACAUUUCUAAAUAUAACCCGUUAUCUAAAACGUUACUGUUAAUAAAAACUAACUUGGAAGUAAACGAUGAAGGCAAAGAAGUGAAACAGAGAAUUUUGAAAAUCAUUGAUAAUGUUAUCGAAGACGCAAAAAUUGAUUUCACGUAA